AUGUUUCGACCAAUAGAUACGAAUCCCAUUCCUUUUAAUCGCCUAUUCACCAAGAGUGCCAACAACAUUCUGCUGACACCGAGGCAGAGAUGUGAGGCCAAAGAAUUGUUGCUGAAGAGUAAGAGCGCACAACUUCCGGACGACACAGAUUUGAACGAUCUGUGGAAUGUUUUGGAAAAGAAGAAGGAUGCUUCAGUGGAUACAGAGAAGUGGUUCAUCACCUACCCCAAGUUCCUCGAGGCUAAGCAAGAAGUUUGCCCCAAAGUCAGCCACUUCUUCACUGCACCCAUCUUUGCCAAACUCUCUCACGCCGAACGCAUGUCUCGUGUCAAUAUUCACGAUUUCUUCAACUUCGUCAAGAAAACC